UUCUCUUCCCAGAAGCCUUUGCAGCAGCUCAGUGGUGCUAGGUGCUAGGCUAACUGGUUCAGUUGGUGAUCUGUCAGCCUGCAGCUAAAAGCAUACACACUGCUGGGCUCUACGCUCUUCCGGAUUACACUCCUUUGAUGGCUGAAGAAGACCCUUUGAUGUUAUUUCAACUUGGCACUUGUGAUCGAGGACAGACACACUGCCCAUGCUGCCACAGUAGAUAUGCUGUAACUAUGCUACUGAGAGAAGAAUGACAUUUGUCUCAUUUUAAUUCCUGGAGCUGCCUCGGACAGAGUUGAGGCUUAAUUAAAAAAAAAAGCUGCUGCUCUAAGCCAAGUAGGUCUUUUUCUCAGCCUACUUCUUUGCACUGCCGCAGCCUAGAGGGCAAACUGUUAUGGCACCUGAGGCCAACUGAGCAAAAGGGGACUCUGGUUGUACUGGAGGAUCAUACUGUGCUGUGGAAGUAGGGACUGGACCAGGAAACCAGGCCCACAGUUACACACACACACACACACACACACAACACUAGGAUCCCUGUUUGAGCCCCUUCUGUGUAGCAUUUGUUUUUUUCUUUUCCUGCAGUCUCAUCGGUUUGGAUGGUUGAGCACAAGGGCUACUUUGAAGGAGCCCACCGGUGGCUGUGGUUUAGCCAAAGCUGACCGACUGCUUGCCAGCUAUUGCUGAUUUAGUACCCUUGUCCACUGCUGCCACUUGCUGUAGCCCCCUUGGUUGUGGUCUUCAGUAUGGUGAGUGGAGGCUGGAGGCAUCGCAGGAGUGGAACUGAACUAUUAAUACUGGUAUAGCUGGUUAUUUUCCUUUUUUUCCUGCACUCUGAAGGAUUCCAUUCCAGUGUUUAAGGACUUUUUUCUCUGUGCUGGAAAAAACCCAGUCAAGGUCAUUUUUUUUAAUUCAAACCCCGGAAAGACAACCGCUCCAGAGGAGGAUGAAGUUGAGGAAACAGGUGACAGUGUGUGGAGGGGCCAUAUUCUGUGUGGCUGUAUUCUCACUGUAUCUGAUGUUGGAUCGAGUCCAACAUGACCCUGCAAGGCGACAGAAUGGCGGGAAUUUUCCACGGAGCCAAAUCUCAGUUUUGCAAAACCGGAUAGAGCAGUUGGAGCAGCUCCUGGAGGAAAACCACCAAAUCAUUAGCCACAUAAAGGACUCUGUGAUGGAGCUCACAGACACAGGAGCUGUGUCUCCCAGCGGCCACCUGCCAUUCAGAAGUGCCAAUGGUUCCUGGGUCCUACCCUUCGACGGCCGUCCCACUUUCCUUGCUGUCAAGCCCCAGGAUUGCCAAGCUGCUUUAGGCAGCCAUGGUCAAGCAGACGUUCAGAUGCUGGAUGUGUACUCCAUUCUCAAGUUUGACAACCCUGAUGGCGGCGUAUGGAAACAGGGCUUUGACAUUACUUAUGAACCUGAUGAGUGGGACAAUGAACCGCUGCAAGUGUUCGUGGUCCCCCACUCCCACAAUGAUCCGGGUUGGAUCAAGACUUUUGACAAGUACUUCACAGACCAGACACAGCAUAUUUUGAACAACAUGGUGGUGAAGCUGGCGGAGGAUCCUCGCAGGAAGUUCAUCUGGUCUGAGAUUUCAUACUUCUCCAAGUGGUGGGAGACCGCAGACAUACACAAGCAGGAGGCUAUGCGAAAACUGAUCCUUGGGGGGCAGCUAGAGAUUGUCACAGGAGGCUGGGUUAUGACGGAUGAAGCCAGCGCCCACUACUUUGCCAUGAUAGACCAGCUCAUUGAAGGACAUCAGUGGCUGGAGAGAAAUCUAGGUAUAACUCCUCGCAGCGGGUGGGCGGUAGACCCUUUCGGUCACAGUGCUACCAUGUCCUAUCUACUGAAGAGGGCCAACGUGACCAGCAUGCUCAUCCAGAGGGUCCACUACUCCAUCAAAAAACACUUUGCCUCCACCCGCAGCCUGGAGUUUAUGUGGAGGCAGGCCUGGGACACUGGAUCGAACACAGAUAUCUUUUGCCACAUGAUGCCGUUCUACAGCUACGACGUGCCUCACACAUGCGGGCCCGACCCCAAGAUCUGCUGCCAGUUCGAUUUCAAGAGGUUACCAGGUGGUCGGAUAAACUGUCCCUGGAAAGUGCCACCAAAAGUUGUGGUGGAGGCCAAUGUAGCAGAGAGGGCACACCUGCUCCUGGAUCAGUACCGUAAAAAGUCCAAACUCUUCCGCAGCAAGGUGCUUCUUGUCCCGCUGGGAGAUGACUUCCGCUACGACAAGGCGCUGGAGUGGGAUCAGCAGUAUACCAAUUACCAGAAGCUGUUUGACUACAUGAAUUCUCACCCAGAGAUGCACGCACAAGCUCAGUUUGGGACUCUCACAGACUACUUCAAUGCUGUAUACAAAGCACACGGCGUGGCCCAGGGGUCCAGACCCGCAGACUACCCAGUGCUUAGUGGAGAUUUCUUUGCUUAUGCAGACCGGGAAGACCACUACUGGACUGGCUAUUUCACCUCUCGGCCCUUUUACAAGAGCCUGGACCGUGUGAUAGAGUCACAUCUCAGGGGGGCAGAGAUCCUCUACAGCCUGGCGGUUGCGAAUGCUCGGCAUGCAGGCAUGGAAGGGCGCUACCCGGUCUCCGAUUAUGCCCUGCUAGUCGAUGCGAGACGGUCUGUUGGCCUCUUCCAACAUCAUGAUGCCAUCACUGGCACUGCAAAGGAGAAUGUUGUCGUUGACUAUGGCACCAGAUUACUGCGUUCACUCAUCGGUCUGAAGAGAGUAAUCAUCAAUGCUGCUCAUUUCCUGGUGAUGAAAAACAAGGAUAUUUAUCGCUUUUACCAGACAGAGCCCUUCCUGGAGACAGAUGACAGGCGUGCCACUCAAGACUCUCUGCCUCAGCGCACUCUAAUCGAGCUGGACCCAGCAGGACCGAGGUACCUGGUUCUGUUUAACCCCAUUGAGCACGAGCGUCUGUGUGUGGUGACUGUGUUGGUCAACACCGUCAGGGUGCGGGUGCUCACUGAGGAUGGACAGACCCUCCCUGUGCAGCUGAGUGCUCAGUGGGGCUCUGCCAGUCAAAUGAGUGCAGAGGUGUUUGAGGCAACGUUCAUGGUCCGUCUGCCGCCACUGGGCCUGGCUGUGUUCCAUCUUUACGACUCUCCUGACUCGCCCAUGACGCUCCGCUCUGACACCCUCCUCCGGCUGUCUGAUCGGGGCGUCGCUGCUCGUGCCGCGGACCCGCUUCCUGUCCGCUCUCAGCAGUCGGACCCACAGACCUUCUACAUCAGCAGCCAGGCUCUCACUCUGGGCUUCUCUGGAACCACCGGCCUGCUGGAGAGUAUCAAGCACAAGGAUGAUCCUCAGGAAGUGAAGGUACAGAUGCAGUUCGUGGUCUACGGUACCCGUCCCUCGAAAGACAAAAGUGGAGCUUACCUCUUCCUGCCUGAUGGAAAAGCCAAGCCCUACAACCAGAAAGAGCCACCCGUUGUGCGCGUCGUGGAGGGGCCUCUCUUCUCGGAGGUGGUGGCACACUACCAGCAUUUUCAGCAGACCAUUCGCAUACACAAUGUGCCAGGGGUGGAUGGGUUAUCUAUAGACAUCACUACGCUGGUAGACAUCAGAGACCAGACCAAUAAGGAGCUGGCAAUGCGACUGGUCACUGACAUCCAGAGUGGAGACGUCUUCUACACAGAUCUCAAUGGCUUCCAGAUACAGCCUCGCCACCACCACCUAAAGCUUCCCCUGCAGGGCAACUUUUAUCCCAUGUCCAGCCAGGCGUACAUCCAGGACAGCAAUCACCGCCUCACGCUACACACUGCUCAGUCCCUGGGUGUCACCAGCCUGGAGAGUGGCCAGCUUGAAGUGAUCAUGGACCGGCGGCUGAUGCAGGAUGAUAACCGUGGGCUGGGCCAGGGCCUGAAGGACAACAAGAAGACGUCCAACCGCUUCCGACUGCUGCUGGAGAGGAGAUCCAUGGGCAACAAGAUGAUGGACAGCGCAACAACCAGCUUCCCAUCUAUACUCAGUCACAUGACCAACUCCUUCCUGAACCACGAGGUCUUGGCGCUGCCCGUCCUGCCCAAAAGACGCGGCAUCCCUCCUCUGCAAACCUUCGCCCCUCUCAAGUCCAUCCUCCCCUGCGACUUCCACCUGCUCAACCUGCGCAGCAUCCAGAGCCAGCAGCACCCCAACUCUCCGUCUUCGUACACAGCCAUGAUUCUUCACCGUCUGGCGCUGGACUGUGGCCUGGAGGCUCAGAACCUGGGCUUCAACUGCACCACCACUCAAGGACAGCUGAGUGUGUCAGGACUGUUCAAGAGCCUGGACCUGCAGCUGCUCCAGCCCAUGUCCCUGACUCUGAUGCACUCCAGCGCACCUCUCGCCAACGACUCCUCCAUCAGCCUGGAUCCCAUGGAGAUCUCCGCCUUCAAGCUCAAACUGCGCUAAGAGCCGUCCAGACUAAAAGACGCAAUAAAAACUGAACAGACUCCUUGGACCAAGAAGCAGGCUCACACCUGACAACAGAGGGGGGGAGGGGUGGGGUCUGGUACUCUUCUGUUUUGUCAAGCAGAACCACAAACACUACAGCUCGGAUAGGACAAGUGCCACUGUAACCGGACCGACUGCACAGCAGGGGGCAGGAGAUAGCUGUUACUCUGGACGGCUCCCAGAGCAGCAGAACCCGGGUGAACUUGCAGCUGUUUGAAAACAAGAGACUGCCAGAAUCGCUCAUCAGAUCCAACCCCCCGCGUCUGUUUGUCUCUGUAACCGAAAAUGAAAUCUCAUUAAGUUCUGCUUUGUAAGAACUUGUGUCUUUUUUUCUAUCUUUGCUCCAUCCUGGACUGAACUACUGAAUGUAAAUAUCCCAAAUGACGGGACGGGAGGGGAGGGGAGGGGGGCUGGGACAUAUCCACAUCAGAGUGCAAUUUACAAAGCUUUAUUUGGUGUAUGGUGUAUGGGUAUUUUUUUUUUUAUGUAUGCAAUGAAGAAGAUGCAUCAUAGCGAUUUGUUUUUUUGUAAUUGUCAGUCAAAUUAUAAUUCAUUCGACAGACUCAAA